GCUACAUGCACUCAUCAUCAUCCUUCUCUACCUAUAUUGCCUAUUGGGUUGGUAUCAUCUCAUGAAAGUCACUAUCUUUUCCUCAUUGGGUUACAAUAUAAGCAGCUCCUCAUUUCUUCUUUUUGCUCCAUCUUGCACCAGAAACCAGUAUUCAUGGCUCUUUCUACCAAAUCUACUCUUCUGAUUUCAUUUCUAUUGCUUAUUUACAUAUGCUCAGUGGGUGGCAGCAGUGCUGGUGGCGCAGACCCAGUCUAUUCUCACCACAAGAAUGGCUUCAGGAUACACGCAAGGAAGCUUUCAUUACUUGAUGCGGUGUUAGACUAUGACGAUGCAGGAGCCAAUCCCAGGCAUGAUCCACGGAGGGGGAGGGGCGGUGGUGGUGGAAGGAAUCCAUGACAGGAGUUAUUUAGCUCAACAGAGAGAGUUCUGGUUGUGGGUCCAAGACUAUUAUAUACACGUAUUUGUUUAUGUUGUACUCUUGAUCAAGUUAUUUAGUAGUUUACAUGCCUUUGUGGGCACAAUAAUAUUAACGAGUUAAAGGGUACGUAUAUCUAAACGGUUCCUGAUCACUGUACUCUGGCUACAACUAUAGAAAUAAUUAAAUAAAACUUUUCCCAGGCUGAAGAAAGAGGCAAAUUCGUGAUGAAAACAUGUACAUCAACAUUAAUCGAAGCAUAGACCACGUACUAGGAAAGUACAAAUACAAUCGAUAAGAAGCAAUGUUCAGGUAUCAUAUUACCUCUUGUUAGGUGAUGUCUACUCUUUGAAUUAGUAAACUUAAAGUGGAUAGAGUCCAUAUAUAAGGUAUAUAUGGGUGUUUCUUUAUUUACUUAAUGCCC